GUCCGCUGACACAGGAGUUGUUUUGGAGGAAGUGAGAGAGGAAGGAAAAAAGCAAGAGGGGAGCGGGUUGCAUUCUGCAAUACUUAGCUGCAAGAAAGUGAAAAGGCAGCCACCAGUUCGCAAGCUAGUUUAGGUAACAUUUUAUUGUCUGUGCGAACACGUCAAGACAAAACAGGUUGAAAAACCACAAAACGCAAGACAACGUAGUCGCUAGCUUGCUAUUCUUUACACUAGUCCGCCUCCUGAAGGAAAAGCUUGAAAUCAUUAUUAGCUCGCUAUAGUUAGCUAGUGUCUAUUUCUCUAUCCGCGGAAAGGGUGUCAGCUAUUAAAAUAUAGAUUAUAUUGGCAGCUAUUGUUGAAAAUAUACAUAUUGAAACUAAGAUUACCCUUGAUCUUCUGGAAGUACGCGCUGUGACAGAAUGACGUCCAGGAAGAAAGUUCUCCUCAAGGUUAUUAUCCUGGGAGACUCUGGAGUUGGGAAGACUUCUCUGAUGAACCAGUAUGUGAAUAAGAAGUUUAGUAAUCAGUACAAAGCCACAAUAGGAGCCGACUUCCUGACAAAAGAGGUGAUGGUGGACGACAGACUUGUCACAAUGCAGAUCUGGGACACGGCAGGACAGGAGCGCUUCCAGUCCCUGGGUGUGGCGUUCUACCGCGGUGCGGACUGCUGCGUGCUCGUGUUCGACGUGACCGCGCCCAACACCUUCAAGACCCUGGACAGCUGGCGGGACGAGUUCCUGAUCCAGGCCAGCCCCCGUGACCCCGAGAACUUCCCCUUCGUGGUGCUAGGCAACAAAAUCGACCUGGAGAACAGACAGGUAACGACCAAGCGUGCGCAGGCCUGGUGCCAGAGUAAGAACAACAUCCCGUACUUUGAGACUAGCGCCAAAGAGGCCAUCAACGUGGAGCAGGCCUUCCAGACCAUCGCACGCAACGCCCUGAAGCAGGAGACAGAAGUAGAGCUGUACAAUGAGUUCCCAGAGCCAAUCAAACUGGACAAGAAUGACCGAGCCAAGCCAUCGGCAGAGACCUGCAGCUGCUGAGGGACCCUGGGACCAUGACUGUGCCCUCUGAUUCUCUCUGGCCUUCCAAACACCCCUUCUCCUGAACACCCCCCCUCCCCCCAAAAAAACACAUAUGCCCACACGUGCACAUACAUGCACACACACGCACACACACACAGAUGCGCUCACACGAACACACAUACACACACUUUCUAGAGGCUGAACCCUAGGCCCAAAGAGCACUCAGAAAAGAAAUGCCAUUUUAGACCCCUUCCCUAAUGCCUCAGCAUAGCUCGCCUUGCCCUAACAGUCUCACCUUUAUCGCUAGGCACCUAAACACAGAUGCACUCUUCCUCCGCCUUCUAAAUCAUGCCCACUUUUCCUUUCCUCUGUCUGGCCAACAGUGAGGGGACGGGGGCUUUGCAUUUUACAGGACGGGGUGGGAUUUUCUGGAGAGAAGUGUACCGGUCUGCAGCUCGGAUUGUGUUUGCUUCAGUUAGUCCUGCAACUUAAGUUAUUUUGGAAAUUCACUUGAUUUUCUUCUAAACGAUGGCCGUUUCUGUCAGCUAGCUAAGUGGAUUCCAUUGCCUACGCAACUGUGGAGGAAUAACCUGUUGUACUAGUAGAUUUUUUUUUUUGGUUUUGUUUUUUGUUUUUUUUAUUGGCCUGGAUUUAAAAUCUGAAGGCAAACAAAUGCUUGUGUAUUACUUUGCACUUUGUUUGAUUGACAUGCCUUUAAACUUGGUUAAGUGGGGAGCUCCCAAAACUGGUCCUGGCUUGAUGGUGAUGAAAACGUCCAUUUCAGUUCUGCAUUAAACCUGCCGUCUGGGUCGUGGCAAUGUCCUUGGCACCUUAUCAUUCAAGUGUUAAAGGCAGGUCCGCACCCCCUCCCUCUCCCCUGGGGAAUCUAAGUGAUAAAACCCCCCCCUUCAAGAUCUGCCAUUCUGCUGGUUAGCCUGAAUUCACAUGGCAAAUAAUCAAACACAGAUAAGAAGAUAUGAUAAUGCAAAGGAUAAGACGGACACGAAAAAAAAUGAAGAAGGGUUCAGAUUAUUCUAAGAUUAUUAAUAAUACUUACUAUUUAAUACUACUACUACUAUUACUACUACUGCUGUGUUGUCUUCUGUUUACUCUGCCAACCAUCCUGUUUGAAGACUGCAGUUGCAGAUCAGUCACAGCUCCUGCUCCUCUGGCGAUCAGUGUUGAAGGUCAGCUGUGUGUGUUCAGUCUCUCUCUCUCUGUCUCUGCAGGUAGCUCAGGUUGGUGAAAGAUUUAAGUGCUUGAUAUUACUUUUAACUGAUCAGAUGUCUUUUGAGUCUGUUCAUGUACUCUGACUAUGUUUAGAAAUGUAACUGCGUUACGGGGGAGAGCUCAAAACUGAAACAAAAUUGGCUGUUCGUCCUACAAAAAAAAAUCUCUUGUAAAGAUUCAUCACGGUAUUAUUAAUUAAAUAAUAAAUUCAAUGCCAAUGAUGUUUAAACGUAAGUAUUUGGGUUUCAAAGUAAUAAUGAUAAUAAAGGGUUAUUGAGUAAA